UUGUGUUUAGCAGAUAGCAUUUUACACAAUGGAGCUGCCGGGGACGAUCAGAAAACGUUUAGAAGACUUUUCUCGGAACGUUUUAUUUGACCAGAGACGGACUCAGCCUUUCACAAAAGAGAAUGGCACGUUUUUGCCACACGACAAGCGGGUUCUGUCUAGUCUCCACCUUCAGAUGUCUCUGUACUUCAACAUGUGGUUCUUCCCCUUGUGGUGGAUCAGUGAAACUGUAAUGCUGCAUCUCAAGUAUCCUGCCUUGCCAGACUACUACAAGUUCAUUCUUGUCACUGUUCUCAUCCUGAUGACUUUGAUCGAGGCCAUUAGACUCUUUCUCGGUUAUGCUGGGAACCUGCAAGAAAAGGUCCCAGAGUUGGCUGGAUUUUGGCUCCUGAGCAUCCUGCUGCAGUUUCCACUAAUCCUGUUUCAGCUCUUCAACGAAGCCAUUAUCAUACAGCCCCUGGAAAGGGGCGUUCACAUAGUUCUCGCCAUAUUCAUACUCACACAGGCCCUCUCUGGUUUUGUGGCGCUCCGGGACAUGGUCAGACACACAGAAAGCCAAUUUCAUCUCCGACAGUUUGACUGAAUUCUGAAGCUCUGAUGUCCCUGCCACAUUGUGACACACCAUGACAUAUCCUGAUAUAACAUAUAUCAUGUACUUCACACCCCCUGGACUCAGAGGCUGACAACAGAAAAUGAUGUGUCUUUUUGUAUUACAUGUAGUACGUGGGAUAUUUCCUCCCCACGAUUGAUUGUUAAAGAGAAAAACAUUUGAACAUAUUUAUUUUUGUAUUUGAUUCACAUUAUAUUUCAUGGGAUUGUAUUGUUUUUUUUAGCAGUGUUGCAAUAAAUAAAAUCUUAUAACACGCAGCCUGUGCAGCUAAUGUAAUGCAUCAUAGGCUUUGUGUAUUCUGAGAAUCCAAAGGUUUCUGUAAAUCUUGUCUUUAUGAAUAUCAACAAUCCAUCAAAGUAGAAUGCCAUUGUCAUUAACACUGUGCAAAAAUCAGUUUAUAUCACAUAUCACAAUUUUAAGCAAGGAUUGUCAUUUGAUAUAAAUUUUUUAAGACUUUUACUUGAGGGGUUCACUUCUAUCCAUAUGACACAAGUUUGAGCUGUGUCAUGAUAUCUGUGUGAGGUAAUACAUUUUAUUCCAGCAUAUCUGUUGUACACACCUGUUGAAGUUCUAGCAAAAAUCAUAUUCCUCUUCAUCCAUCAGAGGAGGUUCACAUCACUGGCCAGAGAAUAAAGAGAAUAAAAUCAA